AUCGAAUCCUCAAAAUCCAGUAGCACAAAGGAACGAACAAUCAGGAUCCUUCUGAAGAAGAAGAAUAACUCGUAGAAGAUAGCAUGGGGAAGGAAGGAGAAGAACGUAUAGAGUGUGCAGAAUGCGAGUGUGAAAGAGCACAGGUAGUCUGCUGUACUGAAUCUCUCGCCUAUUGCAACUCCUGCUCACACAAAAUUCACUCAAAGAAAGCUCGCUUUCAUCAUCAAAUCCUCCCCAUCGCUACUUGUUGUCAUUGUCUAAUCCGCACUGCAACUCUCCAAUGUUUUCAAUGCUAUAAAAAACCCAAGCCCUUCGUUCUGUGUACCCAAUGUUCAAAAACCAUACAUUCUGCCCCUUGUACACGGGCUCACAAAAUCACCAUCCUCGCCUUCUUAAGCAAUAUUGUUAAAACAGAAAACCAGUUCUCUACCCAUGUAAAGGAGGAGAAGACAGAACCUGGAGGUGGGCAUUCAGCCACCAAGGAGAAAAAAAGGAGAGCAGGAAGCAGUAUUUCUGAUCUUGACAACAAAUACACGCCUGGUAAAAAGCCUAAAAUUAAUGUAAACAAGAGAACGGGAAACUGUUACUCUGAUCCCCAAGUCAAAUGCCCACCAGAAGAAAUACUUGAAAAACAGGAACCCCAAGCAUCCUCUGUUCCUAGGAAAAACAUUCCCAGGGCAGCUAGCAGGCGUGUUUUUGGCCCCGUAGAGAUUCACGAUUCUUCUUCUGAAAGCGAAGCUGAUGAGGAUUCUGAUUCAUGUUAUAGUGAUUUUGAGGAGGAGAGUGGGAUCAGGCGCAUACACAGGGGGAAUGUCUCCAUCGAGGCAUUUGUUGUGAAUGCUGAAGAGGAGAAUGAGGAAGAGGAAGGUGAUGUUGCAGAGGGUACAAAUGCAGGCGGGUUCGCGAAGGAGGAAAGCGUAGUGGUGGGAGUGAAGGAGAGGAUAAGGAAGAUGCUGGAAUUGGGGUUGCAUCCUGACACUCCUGAUAUUGAGGCACAACAGGCCUUGAAGAAUGCACAGCGCCUUCUCACUAAGCACAAUCUCCAACAGGCAGAGGUGAUGAAUGGGGCACUCAAGGAUUCAGAAGCACUUGCUGGGGGUAUGCGCAUGGUCGAGCUGAGAUCCAAAGGAAAGAUUGAUAGAAUUGGAAGGAUUGAACAGUGGGUAGUUGAGCUUGCCCAUGUUAUUGCAGACAAUUUUGACACACAAUAUUUCACUAGAAAAUACACCAGAAGGGAUCGACCUCUUCAGGUUAUCUUCUAUGGUAUCAAACAAAAUGCAGAUUGCUCUGGCUUUGCAUUUGCAGCAACAUUCAAUAGAAUUACAAUAAUGUCUGCAAAUUAUAAUCCUUCCAAAACCGCAGCUGACAAAGAGAAUAAAGAACUCUCCACUCAAAGCUCAUAUACGAGGAUUGCCAGACACAAUUACAAGUUGGGUAUUGUUACAGGAUUGCGAGAUGCUGUCAAAAAGAGUUCUGGAAAAUGGGGUUCAGAAGACGGAGAUGGAAGAAAAGGAAAGGGUACAAGAAGUAGAAUAGAGAAUAAGCAGGAGGCGGCAAUGCAAGCACUUGUUCUACAUUCCAAAGAAGUUGGGGAAGCAUACAUAAAGGAUAAAGGGAUCAAAAUCAAGAUCUUUAAAGCCAAGAUAAGAGAAAGCGCAAGGAACUUAGAAGCAUUUGCCCGUGGGAAGAUGGAUUCAAAGCAAAUUGACAUCAACCAGAAAGCAUUGCCAACCAAUCACAGGGAGAGGUCAUGAAAAUAGUUGCAGUGUUGAUGCCAAUUUCAGCUGCCAGUAUGUUUCCCAUUCUUCAGUAUUUGGCUGUUACUUUGGAAUAUUAUUUAUAAUGAUCGCUGAAAAUGGUUGCAGUGUUUAUGCCAAUUUCAGCUGAUAGUAUGUUUUCCAUUCUUCAGUAUUUGGCUGUUAGUUUGGAAUAUUAUUUAUAAUGAUCUCUCUGCAACGUAUGGUUCAGAUCAAGCAUUAUUCAUAGGUUUUGCUUUAGCAUCAUGCGGUGCUAGAUUGCGCUUCAUUUUGUUAAUUACUGGUAUGUUACUGUGUGAUUUUAUUUAAGAAAAUAUUGAUGAAGCUGACAAUAUAGAAUCACUCUCGGAAGGAGGUAUAACUCUAUGCAUGAGGACUCAGUCAAUGAGAUCCAUUAAUUUUUAUCAAUUA